AUGAAGCUCCUGCUGAUUGCCGUCGUCAUCUCUAUUCACACAACAGGGCUCUUGACAACAGCAGAAGCGAAAUGUGAACCCCGGUACAAUGGUGGUUAUGGAAAUGGCAGAGGAGGAAACGUUAUACCCGGAUGGACUUUUAAUCCCCGAUUCAAUCACUGCGAAGCAGUUAUGACGUCAGGGAGCUGUAGUCCUUCACAGAACUGCUUUGAAUCUUCGGACGACUGUGAAAUGGAAUGCGGACACCUUCUUGGGACCCCUGCUUCAGUGAACCCUCCUCGGACGUCAAAGCCGACCUGCUGUCCUUGUAAGGACUGACUCUCGACACCACUUCGGUCA